AUGACGGCCACACCCGCAUCGGCGUCCUCCUUCGGCGGGCUCCAGGCCAAGCACGCGUCCGAAGUGGCGCUCGCCGAGGAGAUCCGCUCCUUCCUGAAGCGCCGCUCGGAGAUCGAGCUUCAGUACUCCAACGACCUGAGCCGCCUGGCCAACCAGGCGCUCGAGCUUCGGCGCCGGGCCACUGGCUUCGACAUUGAUCGCCCUUCGUCGGUGGCCUUCCUCGAGCUCCUGGAGCAUGAGAAGAACUCGGCCCGUCGCCGGGGCCUGUUUGCGGAGAACCUGUCAUCUGCCGCCUCGACCAGCGGCUCCGCCGGGGCCUCUGUCACCGGGGACGAUGGGGUCAGCAGCGUCCUUGUGGUGCAGCCGGUCGGCGGUCUCAAGUCCCAGAUCGACGCGCACAAGCGCCGCUGGGCACGCGGUAGCGAGUGGCUCCAGCGUCACCAUGUCACCCUGCAGAACCUCUGCAGCGACGUGUCCAGCUCCAAGGCCAACUACGAGAACCUCGUCCGCACGGCCAGCCGCGUGACGCAGAAGUACAACGACGAACUGGCGUCCAAUGCCUCCAGCGAGGAGUCCACCUCGGCCGCGGCAGCCAUGUUCCGGCGGAUCAGCGGCGUGGGCGACGUCAAGCGCCGGCUGGACACCAGCCGCCGGCGCCAGCGCACCGCCCGCACCGAGGCCCAAACCGCACGCAAUGACUAUGUCCUGGCCACGCGCGGCCUGGCCCGGGCCCAAAGCGUCUUCGACACCAAUGCCCUGGGGCUGAUCAUGCAGGCCAUCGACGGGCCCUUCUUCGAGCAGCUGUCCCAGCACCUGUGCUCCUAUGCGGAGCUUCAGCUGCUCAACUGCCGCGAGACCACCUCCUACAUGGAGGGCUUCCUGCAGACGGCCCAGUAUGCGGCCAGCCGCCCGGUCGAUCGGGACCUCUUCCUUGGCGAGUGUGUGCCCAUCUUCCCGGUGGCCAUGCCGGCGGCGGCGGCCGUCGAGCAGGCCAUCACCGCCGCCGGCGGCGACCCCACCCUGGUCAGCGUCAGCGCCUGGUUCGAUGAGGGGGUCGAGCGGGCGGUCGGCGGCCCGUCCCCGGCCGCGGUGGCCCUCGGCCGGUUGGAGUUCGCGCAGGCCGAUUCCGAAGCGCGUGCCGGGAGCUCCGGCCCCGGCUCGGCGGCCGCCACCGGCGAGGGCACGCUCCUGGAUGUGUCCACUUCCGGCGACCUGGAGCGGCUGUUCUUCGACGAUCUGAGCCGCGUGGGCCUGUCCCGCCGGGCGGCCGAGGUCGAGGGGCACCUGAGCCGUGUGACGGUGGAUCUGGAAAAGCGCCGCAAGGAGUUCGACGCGGUGCAGUCGCUGGCGUCGGCCUACCGGGCCACGCCGCAAUUCGGCAGCACCCAGGAAACCGGCGCCGAGGCCGAGCAGGCCGCCCUGUCGCUGGCCCUGCUGGAGGUCGAGUCGGCUCCCUGGCGCACGGCUCUGCAGCUGCUGCAUGGGGCUGGCAUUGUGGCCGAUGCCGGGGCCAUGGCCGAUGCCGGGGCCGGGGCCGGGGCCGGUGUCCCCUCCCUCGGUGGCGGCAGCGGCAUCACGGUGUCCGGCGGCCCGACCGGCUUCGGCAGCGGGCCGAACAGCUCGGUCGGCCGGCCGGCCGGGGCCCCGGGCCCCGGGGCCGCCUCCGCCCGGCCGCCGCAAGUGCGCGUUCUCUACACGUACGAGGCGCGCGCGGCCGACGAACUCUCCGCCAAUGAGGGCGACCUGCUGACCGUGGCGUCGGAUGAUGACCCGACCGAUGCCGACUGGAUCCGCGUGCUGCCGGCCGGCGCCGGGCCCGGCACCCCGUCGGUGGUCUUCCCCCGCUCGUAUGUGGAGCCGGCGCCGGCCGGCUCGCCCUCGGCCGGUGGCAUCUCCUCCUCGGCCUCCACAUACAGCCUGUCCGGGCAGCAGGGCUCGUUGGACUUCUCCGGGCAUCCGCUGGGCCUGUGCCAGCGCGUGCGCGCGGUCCACUCCUACUCGGCGCAGGAUGACACGGAGCUGACCCUGGCCCCGGGGGAUGUCAUUGAAAUCAUCAGCCGGCCGGACCCGGACUGGUGGUAUGGCCUUCACACCCGCACUUCCAAGGAGGGCUACUUCUCGGUGACCAUCGUCGAGGCGGUUUCCCUGUCGGGUGGCGUGCUGGAGAGUCCGGUCGGUGCCACCGACGGCAGCAGCGGCAGCGGCAGCAGCAGCUCCGCUUCCAUGGCUUCACUGAUGACGCAGCCCUCCUCCGGGGCGGUGUCGCGCUCGGCGUCCACCUCCUCCAGCGGGGUGGGAGCCGGUGGCGAGGGCGACGUUGUCCAGGCCAUCUACCCCUACUCGGCCGCUGUGGCCGGGGAGCUGAGCUUCGCCAAGUACGACAUGAUCACCGUCACCAGCCGCGACACCGGCGACGAGAGCUGGUGGGAGGGGCGCCUGGCCGAUGGGUCGGUCGGGCAGUUCCCCUGCGCAUAUGUCCGCGUGCCGAAGGCCAGCCGCCGGUCCUCCUCGCGCCCGGUGUCCACCAUGUCCAUGAACUUCACACCUCCCGCCUCGGGGCCGCCCUCGGUGACGUCCUCUCGAUCGGCGUCGUCCUCGGCCGCGGCCGCGGCGCCCGCCGGCAAGACCGCCACAGUCCAGUUCGACUACGAGGCUCGCGAGGCCGGCGAGCUGUCGGUUGCCGCCGGCAGCGUGGUCACCCUCAUCCCCGACGGCAUGGGCCCCGACCCGUCGAUCAUGUCCGACGAGAAUUGGACCUACGUGCGCGACUCCGCCGGCCGGACCGGGCUCAUCCCCACCGCUUGGAUCUGAGCGUGUGCACGCAUGCCUUUCUCUUUUGCCACAUCCUCCCUCUCCCCUUUGCCUUCUUCUUCUCCCCCCCCCCCCUCCUCCUCACCCCUGGCCGAGGUCAGCAUGUGUCCAACAGAAUAUACCUACCCGCUCGCUGUGGCUCUUCCCA